AUGAAUGAACUCGUGCAGAAGCUGCGUGUACGUCUCAGUGAAGAACUUCCAAAAGAUCUAAACACGGACUUCCAACUGCAACGAUGGAUUGAUGCAUAUGAGCACGAUUUGGAAGCAUGUGUAUCCAAAUUUGAAGAAUAUUUGGAAACUCGCAGAAUGCUCGAAUGGUUCAGAUACAAUAAUUCUAAAAAUACUGAAAACAUUGACCAGCACCCGUUGAUUCGCAAAUACGGCCGCUUUCUAACGCAAACUAAAAUAACAAGGUAUUUGAUUAAGGAUGUAGAUAAUGGCUUAGUAUUCAUGGAAAUGCCUAUUGAAAAUCCUGAAAAGUUUUUGAAAGCUGUUCGUGUAUCUGAUUAUUUGAAUGUAAUUUUUGGUUUUUGUGAAUAUUUCCAAAAUUUGGUUUUGGAAAAUGAAAAGAAAACUGGUCGUCAAUCGUAUGCUAUUUGUAUAUUUGACCAAAAAGGAUACUCAUUUCUAUCCCACAUGAAUCCUUUUGGGGCGAUCAAUAAACUUAUGCUUCUAUUCCAUUUUUUAUUUUCCAAGUGCAUAAAACUAUAUUGGAUUCAUUUGUGGUUAGAUUAUUACCGUGUAUUGCUAAAACGUGUCAUUAUCGUUAAUUCGUCAGCAUUUUUGCGCCCUAUGAGAAAGAUAAUGGCAGCGCUACUUCAAAACUAUUUAAUCGCUUCACCAUUGCGGAAAACUUGCCGAACGACUUAUUACCAUAUUUAUCAACUGACUCUAUCCCAGUAG